AUGCCAACUCUGACACACUCCUUGGCGGUGGAUAUUGAACAUGAGGUCUUCAAGAUCACCAAGUCUUCUAACCUGUACAAAGCAGCUGUCCUGAAGAGGGUAUCAGAGAUGAAGAAGGGAGUGGCUGCCUCUGCAGGAAGAGGAGGAGGAGGAGGAGGAGAAGGGACCAGCUGCUCUGGGGAAUCCACAGAGAUAAAGACUGAAUCCAAAGACGAAGCAGCCUCCUCCUCUUCCUCCUCCUUGACUGAGGAGCAGCAGGGCUUCACGCCUGCCUCACAGAUCUACUCACUAAAGCGGAAGAGAAUAGGAGCAGGUCUGAGGGGCUCCUCCAACCCCUUCCAAACUGCCAGUGAGCUGCUGAGGGCUUCUAACUGUGAGGGCUCCACUACAGGGCCAGGUCCAGCGGCCAACAGGGGGACAGGGAGCGGGGGCCCUGAGAGCCUGGCUGGGUCUGGAGAGUCAGCCAGUGAGGAGGAGAGGGGUAAGAGGAAGGAGACAAAGACUGGAGAUACAGCACCAACCAUCAGCUCCUCCAUCAGAGCUAAAGCCAGUGCAGUCUCUGCCUCCCUGAACAGUCCCACCAAGACAGGAGGCAAGACCCUGAGCAAGAAGCAGCAGAAGCUAGUGGAGGCUGCUAAGAACCCCUGCAACAUUACCCAGUACUUUGGGAAGAAACAGAUUGAAAAGAGUCAAGAGUUGGAGAUAAGAACAAAUUGUGUCAUCUCAGGCCUUUUCAAUACCACCCCCGUCACUCCCCACUAAGGAAAUCACAC